AAGAAGGCGCCGAGCACGAAUUCCAAGGGCGACUUCUUGCUGCUGCUGUGCCCAAAUGUCUUUGCCGAGCUCGGCAGUGAAGUUUCGCAGGAUCUUGGCUCACUUCCCUCAAGAGCUCAGCUUAGCCUUCGCUUAUGGCUCCGGGGUCUUCCAACAAGCGGGGUCUUCUGCCGCCCCAACGGAGCACAAUAUGCUGGAUUUUGUAUUUGCAGUUGAUGAUUCUACAACAUGGCAUGCAAUGAACCUGUCAAAAAAUCGGAGUCAUUAUUCCUUCCUAAAAUAUUUUGGAACCAAGUCAAUAUGCAACAUCCAAAGCUAUGGAGCAGGGAUUUACUACAAUACACUGGUGCCUUGUAAUGGUAGGGUUAUAAAAUAUGGUGUCAUAAGUACUGAUGCUUUAAUUGAAGAUUUGUUGUGCUGGAAGACACUCUAUGUAGCUGGACGUCUGCAAAAGCCGGUGAAAAUUCUGGCUCAGAAUGAGAAUGUUAAGUUGCAAGAAGCCCUGUCCAGUAAUUUGAAGAGUGCUGUCAUGGCAGCCUUUCUCAUGUUGCCGGAAAGUUUCUCUGAAGAAGAUCUUUAUAUGAAGAUUGCUGGAUUGUCGUACUGUGGCGAUUUCAGAAUGCUCAUUGGAGAAGAUAAAUCAAAGGUUAUGAACAUAGUGAAACCAAACAUGAUACAUUUUCAGAAGCUCUAUAGGCACAUUUUGCAAGAUAGCCCUCAAGUGAUAUACAAGCAUCAGCUGGGCAUAUUAGAGAUAGAUAAAAGUCCAGAAGGUCAGUUUGCACAACUUAUGGCUUUACCAAGAACCCUACAGCAAAAAAUAACUUCUAUCAAGGAUCCUCCAGGGAAGAACAGAGAUGUGGAAGAAAUUUUAUUACAAAUCGCCCAUGACCCUGACUGUAGAUUUGUGGUACACCAAGGUAUUUCAAGAAUUGUGGGAUUGUCCAGCCUAAUUCAGAGUGCUAAAACCACCCUAACAGCUGGGAUGAAAAAAUCAUUGAUCUACAGCAUGAAGAAGAUGUACAAAAUGUCAAAGGGAUGGUUCAGAAAAUCAUGACAUCUGUGAAGUUAAAGCUUUGAAAAACCUGAUCUUGUGACUAAAGGAUAUUCUAAUUCUGUUUUUACAUCACUUUGGAGGACAAAGCAUCUUCUUCAGUUUGGAGAAACUUUGUUGUAUUAUUUAUUUUCAGACAAUUUUUCAGGGAAGAUAACAGAU